AUGGACACAGAAAAUUUAGAGAAGGCAGCCAUAAAGAUUCAGUCAUGGUGGAGAGGAAACAUGGUACGCCAGACAUUACUGCAUGAUGCACUCAGGGCUUGGGUCAUCCAGAUGUGGUGGAGGUCAGUACAGGCCAAGAUGCUGGAGCAGCGACGGCGCCUGGCCCUGAGACUUUACACCUGCCAGGAGUGGGCAGUGGUGAAGAUGCAGGCCCAGGUUCGAAUGUGGCAGGCCCGCAGAAGGUUUCUUCAAACGCGCCAAGCAGCGUGUGUCAUCCAGACUCACUGGCGCUGGCGUGCCAGCCAGACCCGGGGCCUCAUCCGGGGCCGCUAUGAGGUAAAAGCCAGUCGGCUACAGCUUGACAUCGAAAUUCUUAUGACCUACGGUGCUGGCAGAGCCAAGGACACUGGAUGUCUCUCCCAAUAA